CUGGAAUUCCUUAAUAAACUUUUCGACAUUGAUGACUCCCGCCCUUACGGAGUUCUCUCGAGCAUUUCAAUUCUCUAGUAUUCUCGGUGUUAGUGACUCACGCCCUUGAUCUCGAACGCCAAUUGGUACAAGUACCCGCCAUAAGCUCCAGUGGUCUCAUCGACCCCAUUGACUUCAUCGGCCUCGAAAGCGCAACAAACACGACAAACGCAACAAACAUGGCUGAGAAAAAGGCGGACGCCCCGGCGGAGGGCAUGCUCUGGGGUGGCAGGUUCACAGGUGCAAUUGACCCUCUUAUGUACAAGUACAAUGCCUCCAUCCGAUUCGACAAGGCUCUUUACAGAGAGGAUAUCCUCGGAUCGAUUGCUUUUGCCAGGGCCAACUCCAAGGCUGGCAUUAUCAGCCAAGACGAAUUCCAGGCGAUUGAGCGUGGUUUGCUCCAAAUCAUGGAAGAAUGGAAGCAGGGAACUUUUGCUAUCAUGCCGAAUGACGAGGAUAUUCACACGGCAAACGAACGUCGUUUGGGAGAGGUCAUCGGCAAGGACACCGCGGGUAAGCUGCACACAGGUCGCAGCCGCAACGAGCAAGUUGUCGUUGAUAUGCGCAUGUGGUUGCGCGAUCGGAUCCGCGAAAUCGACAGCCAACUCGUCGAUUUCCUCAAGGUCAUUGUCACACGUGCCGGCUCUGAUGAGAUCGAAUACCUCAUGCCUGGAUACACCCAUCUUCAACGUGCCCAACCAGUGCGGUGGUCUCAAUGGCUCAUGUCAUAUGCCGCUGCGUUCAAGCAGGAUCUCGAGCGGUUACGCCAACUUUUCGAGAGAGUUAACCUGAGUCCACUUGGUUGUGGCGCUUUGGCCGGUAACCCGUUCCGAAUCGAUCGAGACAUGAUCGCCGAGGAGCUUGGUUUCAGCGGAAUCACCCUGAACUCCAUGAACACUUCGGCCGACCGCGAUUUCAUCAUCGAGUUCCUUACCUGGAACUCGAUCUUCACCAACCACAUCAGCAGAUGGGCUGAGGACCUCAUCAUAUACUCGACAUCAGAGUUUGGCUUCAUUCGGUUGGCCGAUGCCUACUGCACAGGUAGCUCUUUGAUGCCUAACAAAUUCAACGGAGACUCAUUAGAGCUUCUGCGCGGCAAGUCAGGGCGUGCUUUCGGUCAAAUGGCUGGCUUAAUGAUGACUGUGAAGAGCUUGCCAUCUUGCUACAACAAAGAUCUCCAGGAAGGGUGGGAGCCCAUGCUGGAUUCGGUUCAGACUGUGUCGGAUAGUCUGGGAAUAGCGAACGGUGUCAUUGCUACCUUGAAGGUGCGGCCAGAGCGGAUGAGGGCGGCUCUGGACAAGACGAUGUUGGCCACUGAUGUCGCAGAGUGGUUGGUGAGGAGGGGAUGUCCGUUCAGAGAGGCUCACCACAUCUCUGGACGCGUCGUUGCACUGUCUGAAAACACGGAAGUUUCGAUGGACAAGCUGACUCUUGAGCAACUGCAAGCCAUUGAUUCUCGGUUCACAGCAGACAUUGCGGAGGCAUUCGAGUAUGAGUCGAGUGUCGAGGCGAAGGAUGCCAAGGGCGGUACCAGUAAAUCAAGCGUGUUGGAACAGAUCCGGCUGGUCAAGGCCAUGUUGAACUAGGGAUUGUAACGGGGCGCUUAGAGGUAUAGAAAAAAGAAUUCCACGAUUGCAUGUCAAACAAUUACACUAUUGCAACAUUCGAGGCGCAAAUAGACACUAUAAGGUCCAGAUAAACGUCGAGAUCUCAGGGUUACGGAAUCUCUGGCAGCGACAAGAC